AUGAACUCCAAUUUCCUAGAAACAAGUGCUUUCCCUCAGACAGGAAACCCUAAUUUUACUUUUCCCCUUUUACACUCACAUCUGAUGACUCAAGAUUAUAGUUAUAAUUUUGAAGAUUUUGAAUCUUCUUCAUUUCUAGAUCAACUUCUUGUUGAUUAUUCUCCAACCAAUAACAAUACUUGUCUUUUAGAAAAUCACUCACAUAUGAUGACUCAAGAAUAUAGUUAUAAUGGAAGUUCUGCCCAUUCCUUUUAUGCCACACCACCAAACAUUAAACACUUGAAAGAAAAAUCCAAAGUGGGGAUCAUAAAGAAAGAGAUCAAGAAGAAUGAAAGACAUGUUAUUGCUUUUAGAACAGAGACUCAACUUGAGAUCUUGAAUGAUGGAUAUAAAUGGAGAAAGUAUGGCAAGAAGAAGGUGAAAAGUAACAACAUUUAUUUAAGGAAUUACUACAAGUGUUCGAUUCAAGGAUGUGUGGUAAAGAAGAAAGUUGAAAGAGAUGGACAUGAUUCAAGCUAUUUGAUUACUACAUAUGAAGGCAGACACAAUCAUGAAGUCAACUCCUCUCAUUUACAACCGCGGAUUCAUGAUUUGAAUUGAAUUUUCAUAAAGGAAGAUAACAAAGAUUAAGAAAAUGUUAUUUCUAUCGUUGAACCAAUUAAGAAGCUACUUUGUUACUAGGUUUCCAAUGACGACUACUUUGUGAUUUUAGCUA